GGUGCCGGUCCCCAUGGGUUUUAGUCAGUAAGAAUCUGACACUCCCCUGCCGCUCGCUCCCAGGGGUCGGUGGGGGAUCUUAUGCAACAUUUCCCCACGUUAAAAAAAAAAAAUGUAUAGCCACUAAUUCAAGUAAAAAGCUUACUGCGGUACAAUGCAAGGAUGUAAGGAAAGCAGGGGUGUAAAGGGGUGCUCUAAUCUCAUCCGGGGGUGUCUGGGACCCCAUAUAUCAUAACCCCUGAAAACGAAGGCAUGUCCAGUCUUUUACUAUCUAUACUCGUUGGUUAUAACCAGUUGUGACGUAAUAUUUAAAGUUCGUCCUAGUAAAACGGAAGGUUUGUUACGAGGAAUAUUAAAAUCAGAAAUCAUUUACAAUGGAGCCUACUGACAUUGCGAAGAUAGAUGCAGUAUCAAUUGCUGGUCGUGUUGGUAGAGAAAGAGAGCGUUUGAUUGGUAUGACAGAUGAAGAACGUGCAUGGAGGGCACGUUUCGUCAAAAGUCAGGAACUUGCACCAGAUGAACCAAUAAAACCAAAAGGAUACGAUAAAUUAUAUUAUAAUCCUCUUCGAAGAUUUUAUAGAGCACCAUUAAACAAAGUUGAAAAUGCAUUAACUCCAUUAUUGGGUGAGGCUGCUGCAAUUAUUGUACGUAAUAUAAUAGGAAGAAGCAUAAUUGGUAUCUUUGUAAUUUAUGGUUCAUGGUAUUACUUCAAAUAUAAUCAUGCGACCUGGAUGCGACAGUCUGGUUGGAGAAUUAUGUCAUCACGUCCUAGGGUAUACCCAGGAACUAAAGAUUUUCCCAAUUUUAAAGCUCCAAUGAAACCUAAUGAAUAUGCUACAUUUGGCUUUGAAAACAGUCCCAUAUAAACAUUGUAAGAAUUGAUUUUGAAAAUAGUCUUAAAUGUAAUAAAAUAAUUUAACAUAUGUAUAUAUUAAAAUAAAUAUAAAUAAAAAA